UUCGAGCGAGAUUUGGCGAGAUUCGUAGAAAGAAGCGAAGCAGACAUCCCAAGUCGUGGACGAUCCUGCUUUGUUUCCAUUCUCUUCUGACGUCGUUUCUCGCGCUCCUUGGAGAUUUCUCAAGACGUUUUGGUCAGAAUAUGUUUCCUUGGCUUUCACAUGCUCCAAGUAUGACGUAAAAUCGGCGUAAACCUUGCGUGGAGAGCGGGAAAAGGUAUUAUUUCUGACCGUCAGACGACGCUUUGAGUAAGAGGGCAGCAGCCAUCAGUUGUUCCGUCAGGGGUCCACCAGGCGAUGCCAACAAGUGACAGUGAACGCUGUGAAGCAAAGAAACUGAAGACAGAGGCCCAAUACAUGAGCACAGAGGAGAACGGAGAGGUACCAUCAUCACCCGAAAAGGCGCUGCUCAAAUACGGAGAACUUGUAGUACUUGGGUACAAUGGGUCACUUCCGUAUGGAGAGAAGGGUCGUCGCAAGACACGCUUCACAUUAUUCAAGCGAGCGGCAGCCAACGGGGUCAAGCCAUCCACCCAUCACAUCGCCAAAACACCACAGGCCUCAAAGAUUGUAGCAGAUAAGUCCCAUCACAGUGUGUCCUACACGUUAUCCCGGAACCAGACAGUGGUAGUGGAGUAUGUACGGGAUGAGGAUACUGACAUGUUCCAGAUUGGUCGAUCAACGGAGCCACCUAUAGACUUUGUAGUGAUAGAUACUGUGCCGGGCAACAAGACUGCCGAGGACUGUAAAGUGCAACAGAGCACCAUUUCUAGAUUCGCAUGUCGCAUCGUGGUCGAGAGAAACCCAACACAUACAGCAAGAAUCUACGCAGCAGGCUUCGAUUCCUCUAACAACAUCUUCCUUGGGGAAAGAGCGACUAAAUGGAAGAGACCGGACAGCUCCAUGGACGGUCUGACGACCAACGGAGUGCUGAUCAUGCACCCCACGGGGGGGUUUGGCCAGGAGUGUAAAGCCGGGGUGUGGAGGGAGGUGUCUGUGUGCGGCGGGAUCUACUCGCUCCGAGAGACGCGGCCCAACCCACAGAGAGGCAAGCUGAUCGACGACGAGUCCAACGUUCUACACGACGGCACGCUGAUCGACUUGUGCGGGGCGACGCUUCUCUGGCGAUCCUCCGCUGGACUGCAGAAAACUCCGACCCAUAAACAUAUUGAAGAGCUACGGAAAGAGAUAAAUGCAGCCAGACCCCAGUGUCCUGUCGGCCUCAACACCCUGGCCUUCCCCACACGUAGUAGGGCCACCAAGGUGACUGAGGAGAAGGAGAGACAGCCGUAUGUCUAUCUGAACUGCGGACACGUUCACGGCCAUCACUUAUGGGGACAGAAGGAGAACGAGAACGGGGACCGGGAGUGUCCCAUGUGUCGCACCGUGGGGCCCUACGUCCCCCUGUACAUGGGGAACGAGCCGGCGUUCUAUGUGGACUGUGGUCCGCCCACCCACGCGUUCUGUCCCUGCGGGCACGUGUGCUCGGAGCAGACGGCCCGCUACUGGGCGCAAGUACCGCUGCCUCACGGAGUCCAUGCAUUCCACGCAGCCUGCCCCUUCUGUGCAACACAACUCACAGGAGAGCAAGGCUUUAUCAAGCUCAUAUUCCAGAACGAUAUCGGGACGUAGUUUAAAUCCCUGUAGGUAGGAAAGUCGGAUUACCCCGGGUAGCCUAGUUAGGAUCAAUUUCAAAGUUGAAAAUUAAAAAAAAAUUAUUCAACCCAAGAGGCAGGUUGCGUUCACUGUUACACCAGUCAAGGAGGAGAGAAAAAAAAACGCCACGCGAGCACUACUGUAACGUUGCCCUUCGGUUCCAACUUGAAAAGGACUUUCAAGGGCUAACAAGACAUCUGGUCAGUAGGAUGGUCAAACUAGUCAGCUAAUGGAAAAGCUGCUGAUGCCUCCCUUCUGUAGAAUAUCACGUUUCGUUGCAGCUGUAACAGAAAGAGCAAAACCAAACCUUGCUGUCCACAUGCUGGCAUUGCAAUGAUUUACCAAAAGCUGCAGCUCUGUAAGCCUUUAAAUACCAACCGUACAGGAGUUCUGAAGAAUUGGCUUUUGUAAAGUUGCGUUGCCAGAGUGAAUAUCAGGGUCAUAGCAAAGACAAGCAGAAUUUACAGAUUCAAGAUAGUUACAUUGAAGAUUUUGAUACGAACAUCUGUUGUUCUUGUUUCUCUCUAUUUUAAAUGCAUUGUGUUCAACAUUAAUAUUAUAGUUGUUGCACGUUGGAGGGAGAAUUUCAAUUUUUAUGAAUCAAUCAAUCAAUUAGCUUACAAAUGAUUAUUGUAUUUAUUAAUUUCAUGAACAUUUAUUAUUUUGAUACAUUGUACACUUAUUUAUAUCAUUCUGAACACCUGAAAACACACAGAAUAUGCCUAGACCAUGACUUUGUUUCAAUGGCAAUGACUCUGAAAUAGAGGCCGUACAUUGUUACUAAACGGAAAGAACACUAGUCUGUCAAUAUGUGCCGGCAUUGCCCUGGAUUCAUUGUAAAAUCAGUUUUAUUGAAUAUGUGUUUUUUGUUGUUUAAUUUUGUGUACAGUGUGUAUUUGGCAUGCCAGCUUGCUACCUCAGUGACAGAUACAUGAUUGUCAAUGCUGUCUUGCCAGUACUACAAAUUGGUUCAUGUAAGGCACAUUCCCUUAGCCCCCCUGUCCACUAGACAGAUAUUGGUGCAAGACUGCAAUCAAGUUUGGAUUAUUUUGUGCAUUAUCCUUGGUUUUGAA